AUGUGCAAAUCAUCACUUCACGAUUUUAUUCAUGGCCUCCCCAAAUGUGAACACCACGUUCACCUCGAGGGAUGCAUGUCUCCUGAGCUGAUCUUCACCAUGGCCGCGCGGAACAACAUCUCUCUCCCAGACCCAGCAACCAACCCAGCCUACGCCUCAGUUGCGGCCCUAACAGCCCGAUAUGAUCACUUCUCCUCGCUGGACGACUUCCUCGCCUUCUACUUCCGAGGCAUGGACGUCCUAGUAAACGAAGCCGACUUUGCCGAUCUGGCCUGGUGGUAUUUCCGCAAAGCGCACGCAGACGGCGUCCAUCAUGCCGAAGUAUUCUUCGAUCCCCAGGUGCACAUCGACCGGGGCGUCUCUUACGAGACGGUCGUCAAUGGCUUCUCAGCGGGGUGCAAGCGCGCCGAGCGCGAGCUGGGUCUUAGCACGAGACUAAUUCUGUGCUUCGUGCGCCACUUACCCGUUUCCUCGGCGGCGAAUGUAUACGAGAAGUUUAUUUCUUCCGGCCACUUCGAGGCCGGAGUCGUGCAUGGUCUUGGUUGGUCUUCGUCGGAGGUCGGGCCACCUAAAGACAUGUUCCGUGAGCAGUAUGCUUUGGCGGCGCAAAGGAGUAUCCCGCUCACCGCGCAUGCCGGUGAAGAGGGGGAUCCGACUUAUAUCAGUACGGCACUGGAGCUCGGCGCGACGCGGAUUGAUCAUGGGAUUCGGUUGGUCGAGGAUCCGGAGUUGAUGAAGCGUAUUGCUUCAGACGGGACUUUACUGACUGUUUGCCCGCUUUCGAAUGUUCGGCUUCGGUGCGUACCGUCGGUGGAACAGGUGCCCAUCCGUCAGUUCUUGGGAGCUGGCGUCAAGUUCUCGAUCAACAGUGAUGACCCUGCUUACUUCGGUGGAUAUAUUCUGGAUAAUUACUGCGCUGUUCAGGAGGCGCAUCAGCUGUCGGUGUUGGAGUGGCGCAUGAUUGCGGAGAAUAGUGUGCAGCAGAGCUGGAUUGAGGAUUCGCGCAAGGCGGAGCUGUUGGAAAAGAUUGAGAGCCAUGUUAAGCAGCACAUGCCGGCUGCUAUAUACUAA